AGCGCAGUCAACGACUGCACUACGUCUGUCGUCGUGUCCUUUCUAUAUUUUCGAUUUACGACGGUAAUUAUUUUUCUUUCACUCAGACAAUCAAAAAGCAAAUAAAAAUUUAUUUAGUUCCACUUUUCUAAUUAGAUUAAUUGCUAUUAAUUUAUAAUUAAUUAAUUCCUUCUUUGAAGUUCAAAAUUAGUGUUGUGGAGGGUGUUGACUUGAGUGUUUUGAUUAAUGAUCAUUAUCAUUAUUAUUGACAAGGUGGAGUGAUAAUCAAUUAUUGAUUGGUGAUUAUUCAUACUGAUUAUAGUUAUAAUUAUAAUAUUACUCAUAAGAUAUUAAACAGUUUUUAUUAAUCGAUGAUUUUUCAGUGUCUCACUGGAUUUUGUUAAUUACCACGUGACUUUGCUUUAUAUAAGUUCAAUUUUAUUAUUCAAUUGAAAAAAACUAUUAGUGGUUGUUUUCCGAUUGAAGUUUUCAAGAUUUGUGAUUAUACUUUCUUGUUGCAAAUGAUGUGGUAGCAUUUCGGGAGGAUAAUGUUCCACGGGAGCGGAAGUGGUGGUUACGGCGCCGGAACCGACUACCAAACCCAGUCCCAACAGCAACAGCAGCAGCAACAACAACAGCAACAACAACAGCAGCAGCAUACCCAGCAAUUACAAGCUCCCGUGUACGUGCCAUCAUCUAGGCCAGCUAUUCCAGCAGCCACGGCGCAGUAUCACUCGUUUCCGGGUUCUGCUUCACCCGCAUGGGAGAAAACAACUUCAUGGCAGCAUGGAGUAGAUAGUUACGCUCAUCAUGCACUGACAGGACACACGGGUGGGUCAGCGGCAAGUAUGGGUGCUCAUAGUACUCACGGUCACCCACACGCGGCGCAUCCUCACACCGGGCAUCCGCAUUCUACUCUUACGUCGCCAUUUUAUGCACAGAACGUCGCCAUGAUGUCGUCCUGGAGAGCUUACGAUAGCGCUGGCUUUCAACGGGCUUCUCCUUACGAUACAGCAAUGGACUUUCAAUUUGCCGAGGGACGUGAGUGCGUUAAUUGCGGUGCUAUUUCCACCCCGUUAUGGCGACGCGACGGCACAGGACAUUAUUUAUGUAAUGCAUGUGGAUUGUAUCACAAGAUGAAUGGAAUGAACAGGCCGCUAAUAAAACCAUCUAAACGCCUUAUUUCUGAAUUCCAGACUGCAACGCGACGCCUUGGUCUCUGUUGUACCAAUUGUGGUACACGAACAACGACCCUUUGGAGGCGCAACAACGAAGGGGAGCCUGUUUGCAACGCCUGCGGCCUUUAUUUCAAGCUCCACGGGGUAAAUCGGCCCCUCGCGAUGCGCAAAGACGGCAUUCAGACCAGAAAAAGAAAACCAAAAAAGACCUCAGACUCGACUGCUUCGAGAACUUCUACCAACGAGCACGAAACCUCUACUUCAACUACUUCAUCGCCAUCUAACGACUUGAAAAGCAGUCAACAGCACCACCAAUCCGAGUCAACGAAAUCUUCAUCCUCAGUACCGGCCGAGCGGCCCGUUUACCUCGGCCAUACCCCCUUACUAGCUACCGGUGUGAUACCGACCGUGAAAACAGAGCCUCGCAGCUGCGACGGGUUGAUCGGACAGCCGUACUCUUCCUAUUACCAACACCCACACCAACACCAGCUGGACACACCGACCAGCGAGCAUCAACACCAACAGAGUUAUUACAACGCACAAGAGACUUAUCAUCAUCAACACCACGUAGCUUCUGCCGCAAAACUUCUUGCUUCGUCUUAGAAAAAUUUGAUCUUAGAUUUUAUUAAUCCACUGCGUACUCUACGUUCAAUAAUAAUGACAAUGAUAAUUGCAAUAAUAAUAAUAAUAAACAAAAUAAUGAUUAUUAUAAUAAACUAUUACUCAAUGUGUGAUAUCCUAAGUUAUUUUUGCACACGUUAU